UUUUCUUCCUUCCGGACCUACCAACGCGCCCCCUACAGCGGCCGUGCCGUGCCUUAAGCGUAACCGCCGACGGGCCGUGCCGUGCCGCCGACGCUCCCCGCCCCAUCCGCAGUCUCUGGCUAUUGGUUUUCGAGUUAUGAGGUUCCAGCGAUGAGAUAAAUCCCACUGGCCUUCUCAAUUUCUGGGUGUGCCGGUGCACAAUCUAGAUCCGCUCCCUGAGGUCUGUGAGAUCUGAAAUACAAGUAACCAUGGGCAGCAGAGUCGGGUUGGUUCUAGUCUGCUUGCUCUUCCUGCUCAUCUGGGAAGUUUCGGCGAUUGCCGAGACCGAGGUUGGUGAUGUGCGCUUAGCACGAGAAGCACCCCAUGGCAAGCCGGAGGUUGCUGGUAAAAGGGUGUCGGUGUACACGGUCGCAUGGUCUACGCUUGCGAUGGCCGCGGCGACCGGGCUGGGAGCAUUGCCAUUCUUCUUCCUGGAGCUUGAAGCCCAAUGGGCGGGCCUCUGCAAUGGGAUGGCAGCCGGGGUCAUGCUGGCCGCAAGCUUUGAUCUUGUGCAGGAAGGGCAGAUGUAUGGCAGUGGGGGGAGCUGGGUUGUUUUCGGGAUUUUGAGUGGAGGGAUCUUUAUCUGGCUUUGCAAGAAGCUUCUUGAGCAAUAUGGAGAAGUAAGCAUGCUGGAUAUAAAAGGUGCAGAUGCAAGUAAAGUUAUUCUUGUUGUUGGAAUAAUGACGCUCCAUUCUUUUGGCGAGGGCUCUGGUGUGGGUGUUUCCUUUGCUGGCUCUAAAGGAUUUUCUCAAGGUCUCCUAGUUACUAUAGCUAUAGCAGUGCACAACAUACCUGAAGGCUUAGCUGUAAGCAUGGUACUUUCAUCCAGGGGUGUGUCCCCCCAAAAGGCAAUGCUAUGGAGUAUCAUAACAUCUUUACCACAGCCAAUUGUUGCUGUUCCUUCAUUUCUUUGUGCUGAUGCAUUUCAAAAAGUGCUUCCCUUCUGUACUGGUUUCGCUGCGGGAUGUAUGAUAUGGAUUGUUAUUGCAGAGGUUCUUCCUGAUGCUUUUAAGGAAGCCACUCCAGCUCAAGUUGCCUCUGCUGGAACACUUGCCGUUGCUUUCAUGGAAACAUUAAGUACCGUUCUACAGGGAUUGACUGAUGGCCAAGGCUCGGAAGAUACAUCAGGCUUUUUGGUAUCACUUGUAUUUGGACUUGGUCCACUUUUUGGAGGAAUUAUACUUGUUGCAUUCUCGUUUGCCUUCAGCAUGCCACACUCUCUUCUUACUGGUGUCGCGUCUGGCAUCGCCUUCCGUCUUGCCACAUGGAGGCCAUUACAACUUGUAAUGUCUUCAAAGAUGGGUCUAUUUACCACCUUAAUCCUGCUGAUAGGAGGUUCUGUAUUCUACCAUGUCGCCACAUCAAGCAUCCUUAGGGUUGUUAACCGCAAGAAAUCUUCUGUGAGUGUCAUUACAUCAUCCUCUGGCCUCUCUCUUAGUUUCCUCACACUGCAAUCACUCCUUGCUUGCGGUUCUGUCUUCCUUCAUGCCUACGCCGAAGGGCUUGCACUUGGUGUGGCGGCACGAAAGGCAUAUGGUCUAGGCCGUUACAUGGUUCUUCCGGUCUCCCUUCACGGUCUACCACGUGGUGCUGCUGUUGCAAGCUGCGUAUAUGGUGCCACAGAUAGCUGGCGAGGAGCCUUGGCAGCUGCAGCUCUGACCGGGCUUGCAGGACCAAGUGCCGCCAUCAGUGCAAUCCUUGCAAAAAUUGACUAUGAUGGACUGGACUAUUGGAUGGUCAUUGCAUGCGGGGCUUUGAUCCCUAGCUUUGGCCGCGUCUUCAGACGCUCGCUGCGUCUGGACAUCCGGAAGAGUGUCUGUGGGCUCCUGAUAGGUUUUGGUUUUGCCUCUUUAUGCUUGAUGUCAACCAGAUUCAUCUGCCUGCACACUCCUUACUGCAAUUCAGCUCCAGAAGCUGUCACAUGAUUUCUUUUUCCUGUCAGAUGCUGCUGUUGUAGAACACAUGUAACAUCAAUGUAACAAGUGACAGUACAGAGAAUGUAAAGAUUAUUUCCUUGAGGCUGAGGGAUCUGAUUGUAUGAACAAAAAAUCGAAGGGAAACAGUCAUUAGACAGUAAUGAUUUGGCCGGAAUAGUUAUGUAAAUUAGUAAUAUUAUAAUAUCACAAAAAAAAGAUACUGUGCUUCUUUGA